AGGCUCCUAGAUACUUGCUGGAGGUAAACCAAACAUCUUUUCACCAUGGAAUCAAUGAAGACACAGUAUCUCAAAUCUUGGUCUGGUAGAAAGAUGGAAAAGGAGAGGAAGAAGAGGUGGUUCUUGGAAAACGGAAGCCUCUUACUAGAAGAACUAAUCUCUGACUCUAAUGGUAAAUCUAUUCCUAUACGCAGCUUUCCUUCCGACCAGAUCCUUAAAGCCACUAAUAACUUUGAUUCAAGUUGUUUUAUCUCGGAAGAUGCGUACUAUAAGUGGUACAGAGGUAAUAUCGAAGACAGAUCUUAUAUGAUCAAGAAGUUCUCCGAGGAUAAAGUUACAGGACACAGAGUUGAAGAGGUUUACAAUGAUAUUGUCUUGUCUGCUCGGAUGAGCAAUCACAACAACUUUCUAAAACUAUUAGGAUGCUCCCUCGAGUUUCCUUUUCCGGUUCUUGUUUUUGAAUUCGCUGGUAAUGGAGUCUUGAAUGAGAGAGGAGGUAUUAGUGUUAACGGGGAAGAUUCUUUGUUGCCUUGGGGUUUACGGUUAAAGAUUGGGAAAGAGAUUGCAAAUGCUGUGACGUAUCUUCACAUGGCAUUCCCUAAGAUCAUCAUACAUAGAGAUGUUAAGCCAAUGCAUGUUUUCUUGGACAGUAACUGGACAGUGAAGUUGUCUGAUUUAUCCUUCUCGAUAUCUCUCCCUGAAAGAAAAACAAGAAUAGAAGCUGAAGGAAUCAUCGGAACAUUUGGGUACCUUGAUCCGCUAUACCAUGCCACGAGUUUUGUGACUGAGUAUACCGAUGUGUACAGCUUUGGGAUCUGUUUGUUGGUUCUUGUCACUGGAAAAUCAGUUGUCAUCACUGGUUCUGAUGGAGAUCCUCAAGGUAUUCUUAGCUAUGUGGUAGGAUUGUGGGAGAAUGGGAAAGUCAAUGAAGUAAUUGAUCCAAUGAUUGCUAAAGAUAUCACAAGUGGUCAAAAAUCGCAGGUGGAAAUGUGUGUUGGGCUGGCUUUGAGAUGCUGCGAGGCGAGAGAUGAAUACAGACCAAAGAUGAUCCAAGUAGCUAAAGAACUCAAACUGAUUGAGGCAUUACUGAGAGAUACUAGCUAGAUGCAUGAACUUUCUAAUGUUUGUUGCAUGCCCCUUUUAUCCGUUAGGUUUUCUGUAAAAACAUGUUUCAGCUUCCUAUUUUCGUUGGUUACGUUAUCAAAACAAAAUUCUUAAAAAUAGUCUGAAAACAGAGAUAUUAUUCAAUAAACUAAGCUCUUAGACGA